AUGGAGGAUGGGAACCAGACUUUAGUGAAAGAAUUUAUCUUAACUGGACUUUCUCAGAACCAAGGGACUCGGAUUAUACUUUUCAUUUUAUUUUCAGUAACGUAUUCGUUGACCAUCGUCGGAAAUAUCAUUUUGAUAUGCGUGGUUUUAGUCAGCCGGGGUAUGCACACGCCUAUGUACUAUUUUCUCUGCAAUUUAUCUUUUCUAGAUUUAUUCUAUUCGUCGACUACCGUCCCCAAAAUGUUGGUGGACACGUUUUCUGGCGGAGGAGGGAGAAUUUCGUUCUUGGGAUGCAUGAUUCAAAUGUCAAUGGGUCUAUUCUUAGGAGAAACAGAAUGUAUCCUGCUGGCGGUGAUGGCGUACGAUCGCUACGUAGCGAUCUGCUUGCCCUUGCGUUAUAUGGUUAUUAUGAGCUGGAGGAUAUGUAAAAAUAUCACGGUUGUCUUAUGGUUGGGGAGUCUUCUGUUGGCGACGGUUCCUAUGAUGUCGCGCCCUUUUUCGUUUUGUGGAGAAAAUAAAAUUAACCAUUUCACAUGUGAGAUCUUAGCGCUCCUAAAGCUGGCAUGCGGAGACAUUUCAUUUUACCAAAAAACAAUAUUUUUUAUAAGCUUGUUCACAAUUUUGUCUCCUUUCGCUUUUAUUGGGGCAUCCUACCUCUGUAUUAUCAGAUCCUUAUUAAAAAUCCAGUCUGUGUCUGGAAGGAGUAAGGCCUUUUCCACCUGCGUCUCCCAUCUGACUGUAGUAUUCAUGUUUUACGGGACAAGUAUAACCAUGUAUAUGGGGUCAAAAAAUAACUCAUCAGCCAAUCAGAAGUUUGUUUCCAUUAUUUACGGUAUCGUGACGCCAGUGUUGAACCCGCUUAUUUACAGUCUAAGAAAUGGUGAGGUUAAACGAGCUCUCAGGAAGAUGUUUUCUAAGAAACUGGAACGGUGAAAUAUUUAAAGGCAUCCAA